AUAGUAUAAAACACACCUUAACACUGUAAAUAUACAGUAGACACACCCUGUACUGAGAAUGAUACUCACCCGACGACGGGGUCACGUGGUUUGCCCAUCUGGCCACGCCCCCUAGUGAAAUGAAUGCAGAGGAGAGGUGAAAUGAUGCGUACAUGAUUUCAAUGGUAAGAUGUGCUCUUCGUUUCGAGGUUGCACUGUCAAAGAACCGCAUGAUCUGAUCGCGGAGCUGAAACCCGCUCAUCACCCGCGUCUGUACGGCUCCGCCGGCUGCGAGACAUGGAGCGUCCGCUUCUCCCCGGACGGAUCUUCUUUUGCCUGGUCGAUGGGAUACGGCAUCGUCAAACUCCUGUCCUGGCCACUGACAUCCGAAGAUAGUGCCAAAGCUGUAUGCAGUGAAGAGAAGACACUUAACUGCAAGCAGACGGUGUGGGCUCUGGCGUUUGGUCCCUGCCUGUCUACCCGAGUGGAUGCUUCACAUCAGAACGCACAUGAUCAUGAGCUACUGCUGGCCAUUGGUCUGAACAACGGCGUGAUCCAAGUGUGGGUCGUCUCAAGUGGAAAUCUGCGGUUUACUCUAACCGGACAUCUGGCUCCUGUCAGGGAUUUAGUCUUCACUCCAAAUGGAAGUGUCACUCUUGUAUCGGCCUCCCGAGAUAAAACUUUAAGGAUAUGGGACUUGGCAAAGAAAGGUGCCAGUCCCCAUGUGCUGCGGGGUCCAAACUACUGGGUCUUCAGAUGUUCCAUAUCACCUGACAGCAGUGUGAUCGCCUCUGUCUGCAACCUCGACUCUAAGGUGUAUUUGUGGAGCUUGCGGUCCUACACCUUCAUGAGACACCUUACAUACGACCAUGAGCGCACCAUGGCAUCAUGUGACUUUUCCCAGGACGGAGCGCUGCUCGCGAUCGCUUCGUAUCAUUCGACCACAGGCUGGUGGCUGGACCUGUGGGACCCCUAUACAGCUGAUCUCCUGACUAGAGUAGAAGACUGUGAGCUGUGCGCUUACAGAAGUGACAAUCUACUGACCUCUCUUAGCUUCUCUCCGGUUGGUCUGCUGCUGGCUUUCAAAGACUACAGGGCGUUACGGAUCUGGGAUAUGGAACAAGAUAAACUAGUGGCAGACACUGAUCACAACCGAGCCAGUGGUGUGUGCUGUGUUUUCCAUCCACAUGGGGGCGUCAUCGCUACAGGGUGCAGAGAUGGACAUGUAAAAUUCUGGAGAGUUCCUCAUCUCAUUCCGAGCCUUCAGCAUCUGUGCCGGAUUGCCCUGAGAUUCUCCAUUUCAACCUAUCAGGUGGAGGCUCUUCCCUUGCCGAAAAAAAUCCUGGAAUACCUUACUUACAGGGAUGUUCCAAAGCAAAAGAUUGUAUAUUGCAAAGAACACUGCAGAUGAAAAUAAGUAAUGUUUGUGGGUCAAGUAAACGUUGCAUAAUUUUCUAGGAAGCCUAAUUUCCCCAGACGCCUCUUUGUUCAAAACAAAGACAUUAAAUUACGACACUAUACUCGAAAUAUUUAUUUACAUAACUACUUAAAAAAAAAUUAGCAUUUGUUUUACAAAGUACUGAGACAAGCUUUAUUUAAAGCAUAAAAAAAUAAACCAUUCAAAAAUAUUACAGGGUUCUACGCAUAGUUUUUUUGUCAGAACAAUAUGAAGUAGUAAACAACUUCCUCUCAUGACAUCAUGGAUCUAUGUUACAUAACCCUUUCAAAGUGUGAACCAAUGAUCUAUCCAUCGCUGACUACGAUGUCUCUAACAGCCUGGAAAGCUGCAACCAUUGAGCUCAGCUGGAUCUUCUCAUUGGUUCCGGAGGCCAGACGAUACCUUAUGGUUAAAAAGGAAAGAACAGAAGUUGAAGAAGCUCACUCAAGUAUAUAAUAAACUCAAUCUACCAUUUAAAAGUUUGGGGUUGGUAAGAUUUUUUUAAUGGUAUUUAAAAGUCUCUCAUUCUCACCAAGGCUGCAAUCAU